CCCCGCCCCCUGCCGUGCCGCCGCUGACGGACAGGCGCUGUGUCCAAUCAGCGGCCAGUGCAGGAAGAGCAGGAAGAGGCGGCGGAGGGUGCAGUGUCCUGUCUGUGAGCCGCCCCUCCCGUCUCUGCGGUUGCGGGGAUGUGAUGUGACCAAUGCGCAGCGUAUGUAGCCGGCCAUGCACAGGGUUCCCUCCCGAGGGGAAGAAGAUGAAAGGAGGACGACCCCCGAGGCCUCUCUGCCUUCCGGCAGCCGCUCCCCCCUCCCCGUCUUCAUCUUCCCGCCCUCUCUGGACUUCUACGCCGAUGACCAGGCCAGCCACAAGCAGGUGCUGACCCUGUACAACCCCUUCCCCCGGGCGCUCCGCUACAAAGUUCUCUCCACGGCCCCCCUACGCUACACAGUGGUGGAUGCUGAAGGACUGGUCAAGCCGAACUCCUGCAUUGACAUAGUCACCCGGCACCGCGAUAUCCGCGCUCGGCAUUACGGGAGCGCAGACAAGUUCCGGGUGGAGAUAUGGGAAGAGGGCGGAGGACGAGGAGUGGGAGGGAGGAAGGACAUUCCUGCCACACUACAUCCCACCAGACCCCAAUCCAGAGAGAGAGGAACCAGUGAAUCGCCCAAGUGGCACCCACCUUCCCACGUCUUCUCCAUGCGCCAUGGAGUCCCACGCCCGCUGUCCCCUGGCCUGUUUGGGCUCUACAUUCUGGUGGGAUUGGUAUCUCUGGUGGUCCUGAUGCUUCCUUUACAUGGAGACCCCCGGAGCUUCCUCCAUGAGAACCUCCAUGUGUCAGUCGUCCAGAAACUUGUUGCUGCUUACGUGUUAGGUCUCCUCACCAUGGUGUUCCUACAAAGCUGACAAGAUGGCGGACCAGAGAUCCAGAUGAAAACGGGGACCGGAGCCAGAAAGCUGUUCACAAAUUCCAGGGAGCACGCUUCCUACAUGUGUGUUCACGUGUAUUAUCAACAAGACUUUUAUAUAUCAACAUGUACAUUCAUGUGUGAAUGUAUUAUGUCGCCUCAAUAUACCAUGGCGUCAUCGCUAUAAAUGAUCAUCUCAGAGCCAUGUAAUGAGACGCCGGAUCUGGUGUAUGUUAGGGGGGGGGGUCUAUUGGGAUAACAUAGUGUGUGUUCAGUCAUUCCCAUCUUCUGUCUAUAAAUCCAUGUAAAUUGUCUAUAUGUACAUUUGCUGUAUAUAUGUCACCGUUACCGCCAUAAACGUGGGUAAUGUCAAUA